AUGGGCAUCUUUGGGUCGUCGCCGCUGGUGGAAGAAGAGCUGAGUUCUGAAGGCGAGCCGACUGAAAUCGAUUGGGCUGUGAUUGAGGCUUUGGGGCGGGAGAGGCUGGAAACCUGUUUGCGGCCUGCUCUGGAUGUGGUGGGCGGGAGAGCAGACUUAGAAAAGCUUUUGGAGAGGCAACUUGAAGGUUCCGGCGCCCGUCUCCCCGUUUAUAUCGGAAGGCAUAAGGGCGCACGCAGCCCGGCUCCUGGGUUGGGCAAGAAGUUUCAUGACAUUCUGCAGUCGCAGGCCUGGGAUGUGCUCGCGGAAGAUCCAGCGUCUCUGAAUCUCAAGAUUGUGGCUGAGGUACGAAAGCUGAGGGGCAAGCGUCUGCUGUACCUUGCCUCCAAGGGGGAUGCAGAUGUCCCCAAAAGGGCUGCAGCAUUGAUCGAACUUUUCAAUCAACGAAUUCUCAUGCCGGCGGAAGGAGUGGGUGCAGAAACAUACAUUGAAAAGCUCAGGCGAAUGCUGAUGGCUGUGGCAAUGGAGCGUCUGCACCAUCCCAGCCAGGUGUCCCGUCAACUUGGCCCUCUGACCUCAGCAUCCGAUCUUGCUGGAAUGGGCCGAGAGGUGUUGAUCGCACAAUUGUUGCCGCAAGUUGCAAACAUCCUGGGUACCGAGCAGUCACACAUGAAGGGGUGCCCCAGGGAGCUCAAGGAGCGGUCCUGCAACCUCGGUGGCGAUUAUGAAAGCAAAGUGGCGUGGGUUGAAAAUGCAUCCAGAUGCCCAGACCGCAUCUGUAACGGGGAUGCAGAGGGGCGGCUCCAUCUAUACAUCGGACGGCACGCUGGACCGGAGAUUCGUGACUGCGGGUUGAUUCAAGAUAUGCAUGAAGUUUUCCGAGCCUCCUUCGAAUUGGACGACAAGGGCAAUUGGACCAGGGACAACGUCAUUGAGCUCUUUUGGAAGGUCAUGGAGGCUCAGCACGUGGGGAACAUGCGAGGCUACGUGGACCAUCUCAUGGGGCGGCGCUUGGCCUGCUACUGUCAACCCGAAGCCUGCCACGGACACGUUCUGCGCGAGGUGUUCUGCAAAAGCGUGCUGGAAGGGAUGGACGACGACGAGCUCAGGGAAGAGACGGAGGACGAGGCCACAGAGCCCCUUUCAUUGGCCCAGGAGGCUGCCCUUCAGGGCUGGCUCAUGACGUUGAAGUCGAAGUAU